UGACAGUCGCCAUUUUAUUUUGAAAAUCAAACUGAACUGGAGGCAGAGCGACCCUUCCAUUUCGUCAAGUUUGUUGUGCGAAACAAGAAGGGAUGAACAUCUGAAUUACUUUCUUGGGAGCAUGAUGCUGAACUUGAUUUUAAACUGAAGGACUUUACCUAGCACUGGGACCCACUGAUCGGAAAACCCAUUUGGAAGCUUAUAUAUAUUUUUACACUUUUGGGGGGGGGGAGCAGAAGUAACCUAUCACUGAAGUGACAAAAGGGGAAUAAUGGUGAUUUUGCGCCGUGCUCGGCCGCCUGCUUCCGCCCCGAACAGCAAUGAAUCUUGACUCGCUUUCGCUGGCUUUGUCUCAAAUCAGCUAUCUGGUGGACAAUUUAACUAAGAAAAACUAUCGAGCCAGCCAGCAGGAAAUACAGCAUAUUGUGAAUCGUCACGGUCCUGAGGCAGACAGGCAUCUACUUCGCUGUCUCUUCUCUCAUGUGGAUUUCAGUGGCGAUGGUAAAAGCAGUGGCAAGGACUUUCACCAGACACAGUUUCUGAUCCAGGAGUGUGUGUCGCUGAUAUCAAAGCCAAACUUUAUUGCUACUCUGUGUUACGCCGUUGACAAUCCCCUUCAUUACCAGAAGAGUUUGAAGCCCUCGGCCCACCUCUUCACUCAACUGAGUAAAGUUCUUAAGCUCAGCAAAGUCCAAGAGGUGAUAUUUGGACUUGCUUUGCUCAACUCAAGCAACGCAGACCUUCGUGGUUUUGCUGCGCAGUUCAUCAAACAGAAACUCCCCGACCUCCUGCGGUCAUACGUUGACGCAGAUCUCGGAGGAAACCAGGAAGGUGGCUUUCAGGACAUUGCCAUAGAGGUCUUGCAGUUACUCCUCUCCCAUCUACUAUUUGGCCAGAAAGGAGCCAGUGGGGUCGGGCAGGAGCAGAUUGACGCCUUCCUGAAGACACUUUGCCGAGAUUUCCCCCAGGAGCGCUGCCCUGUGGUGCUCGCACCACUGCUGUACCCUGAAAAACGGGACAUUCUCAUGGACAGGAUCCUGCCAGACUCGGGGGAGUUAGCUAAGACCAUGAUGGAGAGUUCUCUCGCAGAAUUCAUGCAAGAAGUCGGCUAUGGCUUCUGUGCUAGUCUGGAUGAGUGCAGAAACAUAAUCGUCCAGUAUGGGGUGAGAGAGGUGACAGCCAGCCAGGUGGCCAGAGUCCUGGGCAUGAUGGCGCGUACCCACUCUGGCCUGACUGACGGUAUCCCACUACAGUCCAUCUCUGCUCCAGGUAGUGGUAUCUGGAGUGAUGGCAAGGAUAAGAAUGACGGCUCGCAGGCACACACGUGGAAUGUGGAGGUUCUCAUCGAUGUUGUGAAAGAAGUGAAUCCCAACCUUAACUUCAAAGAGGUGACCUAUGAGCUGGACCACGCAGGAUUUAUAAUCCGGGACAGUAAAGGCCUGCAUAUCGUGGUGUAUGGCAUUCAGAGGGGGCUGGGCAUGGAGACCUUUCCUGUUGAUCUCAUCUAUCGGCCAUGGAAACACGCAGAGGGACAGCUGUCCUUCAUUCAGCACUCUCUGAUGAGCCCAGAAGUGUUUUCCUUUGCCGACUACACUUGCCACACUGUGGCCAUAGACAUCCUGAAGGCCCCCCCGGAGGAUGACAACAGAGAGAUCGCAACCUGGAAAAGUCUGGACCUGGUGGAGAGCCUGCUGAGACUGUCGGAGGUUGGCCAGUACGAGCAGGUGAAGCAGCUGUUCAGCUUUCCCAUCAAGCACUGCCCAGACAUGUUGGUGCUGGCAUUGCUGCAGAUCUCCACCUCUUGGCACACACUGCGCCAUGAGCUCAUCUCCACCCUGAUGCCCAUCUUCCUGGGCAACCACCCUAACUCUGCCAUCAUCCUGCACUACGCCUGGCACGGACAGGGACAGUCUCCCUCCAUCCGUCAGCUUAUUAUGCAUUCAAUGGCCGAGUGGUACAUGAGAGGGGAGCAGUAUGACCAGGCCAAGCUGUCGCGCAUCCUGGAUGUGGCCCAGGACUUGAAGUCUCUAUCGAUGUUGCUGAAUGGUACUCCAUUUGCCUUUGUUAUUGACCUUGCUGCACUUGCUUCUCGCCGUGAAUACCUCAAACUUGAUAAAUGGCUGACUGACAAAAUCCGAGAGCACGGGGAACCUUUUAUCCAGGCGUGUGUGACAUUCCUGAAGAGGCGCUGCCCAUCCAUUAUGGGGGGUCUGACACAAGACAAGGACCAGCCCAAAAGUGCCCAGCUGCCCCCGGAGACCUUAGCCACCAUGCUGGCCUGCCUGCAGUCCUGUGCGGGGAGUGUGUCCCAGGAGCUCUCAGAGACCAUCCUGACCAUGGUUGCCAACUGCAGCAAUGUAAUGAAUAAAGCCCGGCAACCUCCACCGGGGGUGAUGCCAAAGGGAAGGGCCCCCAGCACCAGCAGCCUGGAUGCCAUCUCUCCUGUACAGAUGGACUCUCUCCCCGGCAUGGGGUCCCUAAAUCUGGGGGGCACAGCCACCUCCCACACUCAGAGCAUGCAGGGCUUCCCAACCUCACUGAGCUCAGCGUUCAGUAACCCCCAGUCACCGGCUAAAGCCUUCCCUCCCCUCACUAACCCCAACCCCAGUACACCAUUUGGGGGCAUUGGGAGCCUGUCCUCGCAGCUUCCUGGCAUGGACUCUGGUCCCCUGGGCACAGGCAUUGGCUCCGGUAUUGGCUCUAGUCUGGGGAUGCCGACUGUGAACACAGACCCAUUUGGCACCAGGAAGAUGAGCACACCGGGCCUGAACCCACCCACCUUUCAGCAGACUGACCUUUCUCAGGUGUGGCCCGAGGCGAACCAGCACUUUAGUAAGGAGAUAGACGACGAAGCAAACAGUUACUUCCAGCGCAUCUACAACCAUCCACCUCAUCCGACCAUGUCCGUGGAUGAAGUCCUGGAAAUGCUGCAGCGGUUCAAGGAUUCAACCAUCAACCGGGAGCGAGAGGUGUUCAACUGCAUGCUACGGAACUUGUUCGAGGAGUACCGGUUCUUCCCCCAGUACCCGGACAAAGAGCUGCACAUCACUGCCUGCCUCUUUGGUGGCAUAAUUGAGAAGGGGCUCGUCACCUACAUGGCCCUGGGUUUGGCCCUCCGAUACGUUCUUGAAGCCUUAAGAAAACCGUACGGAUCCAAAAUGUAUUACUUUGGAAUUGCCGCCCUAGAUAGGUUUAAAAACAGACUAAAGGACUAUCCUCAGUAUUGUCAACAUCUGGCUUCAAUUGCCCACUUCUUGCAAUUCCCCCACCAUUUACAAGAGUGCGUGCAGUAUAUCGAGUAUGGCCAACAGUCACGGGACCCUCCGGUGAAGAUGCAGGGCUCCAUCACCACGCCAGGAAGUCUGGCACUGGCGCAGGUCCAGUCGCAGCAACCCGGGGUCCCUAAAGCUCCACAGCCAGGUCAGCCCAGCACUCUGGUCACCACCACCACCACCACAACCACGGUAGCCAAGACCCCAACCAUCACAAGACCCACACCCAGCACCUUCAAGAAGGAUGUGCCGCCCUCUAUAAACACAACCAACAUUGACACCCUGCUGGUGGCCACUGACCAGACAGAACGGAUUGUAGAGCCUCCAGAGAAUGUCCAGGAGAAAAUAGCUUUCAUCUUCAACAACCUUUCUCAGUCCAACAUGACACAGAAGGUUGAGGAGUUGAAGGAGACGGUGAAGGAUGAGUUCAUGCCCUGGGUGUCUCAGUACCUGGUGAUGAAGCGUGUCAGCAUCGAGCCCAACUUCCACGGCCUCUACUCCAACUUCCUGGACACUCUCAAGAACCCUGAGUUUGUCAAGAUGGUCCUCAAUGAGACUUAUAGAAACAUCAAGGUUCUGUUGACAUCUGACAAGGCAGCUGCCAACUUCUCAGAUCGCUCGCUGCUGAAGAACCUGGGCCACUGGUUGGGCAUGAUCACACUGGCCAAAAACAAGCCUAUCCUUUACACAGAUUUGGAAGUCAAGUCUCUGCUACUGGAAGCUUAUGUGAAAGGCCAGCAGGAGCUCCUCUAUGUGGUUCCAUUCGUGGCCAAGGUUUUGGAGUCCAGUCUGCGAAGCAUGGUCUUCAGGCCCCAGAACCCCUGGACCAUGGCCAUCAUGAAUGUUCUCGCAGAGCUGCAUCAGGAGCAUGACCUCAAGCUGAACCUGAAGUUUGAGAUUGAAGUUCUGUGUAAGAACUUGUCUUUGGACAUCAACGACCUGAAGCCAGGGACCCUGCUAAAAGACAAAGACAAGCUGAAGAGUCUCGAAGAGCAGCUGUCUGCACCAAAGAAAGAGGCCAAGCCUCCGGAGGAGAUGCUGCCAGUUUCUACCACAGGUUUUCUGGACUUUAAUCAAAUUCCUGUUUUGCGACCAACAGGGGACUUUGUUCCUUUCGCUGCCCCCCCCUCAACUCCAGCAGCCACCACCACCCCUUGCACAACCACUGGCCCCCCCACCCCUCAGUUCAGUUACCACGAUAUUAAUGUGUAUGCCUUGGCAGGCCUGGCUCCACACAUCAAUAUAAAUGUCAAUAUCCCACUGCUGCAGGCCCACCCCCAGCUGAAGCAGUGUGUACGGCAGUCAGUGGAGCGUGCUGUUCAGGAGCUAGUGCACCCUGUGGUUGACCGCUCUAUCAAAAUAGCCAUGACGACCUGUGAGCAAAUCAUCCGGAAGGACUUUGCUUUGGAUUCAGAGGAGUCCCGCAUGCGUGUGGCUGCCCACCAUAUGAUGAGGAACCUGACUGCCGGCAUGGCCAUGAUCACCUGCCGCGAGCCCCUGCUCAUGAGCAUCGCCACCAACCUGAAGAACAGCUUUGCUGCUGCGCUAAGGGCACCAACCCCACAACAGAGGGAAAUGAUGGAAGAGGCUGCAGCCAGGAUUGGUCAAGACAACUGUGAAUUAGCAUGCUGCUUCAUUCAGAAAACAGCUGUGGAGAAGGCUGGCCCUGAAAUGGACAAGAGACUAGCCACGGAGUUUGAGCUGAGGAAGCACGCGCGCCAAGAGGGACGGCGGUACUGUGACCCUGUUGUUCUGACGUACCAGGCUGAGCGAAUGCCAGAACAGAUCAGACUCAAGGUGGGAGGCGUGGACCCGAAGCAGCUGGCUGUGUAUGAGGAGUUUGCCAGGAACGUUCCAGGUUUCUUACCCAGCAAUGAUCUCUCGCAACCCACUGGCUUCUUGGCUCAGCCGAUGAAGCAACAGGCCUGGGCCACGGAUGAUGUCGCUCAGAUCUACGACAAGUGCAUGGCAGACUUGGAGCAACAUCUUCAUGCCAUCCCUCCGGCCCUCGCCAUGAACCCCCUGACCCAGGCUCUGCGCAGCCUGCUGGAGGCUGUGGCGCUGGCCCGGAACUCAAGGGACGGCAUCGCUGCACUCGGCCUUCUGCAGAAGGCUGUUGAGGGUCUCCUGGAUGCUACCAGUGGAGCUGACGCAGACCUGCUGCUCCGCUACAGAGAGUGCCACCUGCUGGUGCUCAAAGCCCUGCAGGACGGACGGGCCUAUGGACCGCAGUGGUGCAAUAAGCAGAUCACCAGAUGUCUGAUUGAAUGCCGCGAUGAGUACAAAUACAACGUGGAGGCAGUGGAGCUUCUGAUCAGGAACCAUCUUGUGAAUAUGCAGCAGUACGACCUGCACCUGGCACAGUCGAUGGAGAAUGGACUGCACUACAUGGCCGUAGCGUUUGCCAUGCAGUUGGUGAAGCUGCUGCUGGUGGAUGAGCGCAGCGUCAGCCAUGUGACGGAGGCCGACCUCUUCCACACCAUCGAGACUUUGAUGAGGACCUGUGCACACUCCAGAGCCAACGCACCUGAGGGCCUUCCCCAGCUGAUGGAUGUCGUUCGCUCCAACUACGACGCCAUGAUUGACCGGGCCCACGGAGGACCCAACUUCAUGAUGCACUCUGGGAUCUCCCAGGCUUCAGAGUAUGACGAUCCUCCCGGCCUGAGAGAGAAGGCCGAGUACCUCCUGAGGGAGUGGGUCAACCUGUACCACUCAGCGGCUGCUGGCAGGGACAGCACCAAAGCUUUCUCUGCUUUUGUUGGACAGAUGCACCAGCAGGGCAUCCUGAAGACGGAUGACCUGAUCACGAGGUUCUUCCGGCUGUGCACAGAGAUGUGCGUGGAGAUCAGUUACCGUGCUCAGGCUGAGCAGCAGCACAACCCAGCAGCCAGCGCAGCCAUCAUCAGAGCCAAGUGCUACCACAACCUGGACGCUUUCGUCCGGCUCAUCGCCCUGCUGGUCAAACACUCCGGAGAGGCCACCAACACGGUGACCAAGAUCAACCUCCUCAACAAGGUGCUGGGUAUCGUGGUCGGGGUGCUGAUUCAGGACCAUGAUGUCCGUCAGACCGAAUUCCAGCAGCUGCCAUACCACCGCAUUUUCAUCAUGCUGCUGCUGGAGCUCAACGCCCCUGAACAUGUUCUGGAGACCAUCAACUUCCAGACACUCACCGCCUUCUGCAAUACCUUCCACAUCCUGAGACCAACCAAAGCGCCCGGCUUUGUGUACGCUUGGCUGGAACUCAUCUCCCACCGCAUCUUCAUUGCCAGGAUGCUGGCGCACACACCGCAGCAGAAGGGGUGGCCCAUGUACGCACAGCUGCUGAUUGAUCUCUUCAAGUACCUGGCCCCCUUCCUGAGGAAUGUAGAGCUCAACAAACCUAUGCAAAUCCUCUACAAGGGCACCCUGCGAGUGCUGCUGGUCCUGCUGCACGACUUCCCAGAGUUCCUGUGUGACUACCAUUACGGCUUCUGUGAUGUUAUCCCACCCAACUGCAUCCAGCUCCGCAACCUCAUCCUCAGUGCCUUCCCACGCAACAUGAGGCUCCCGGACCCUUUCACACCCAACCUCAAGGUGGACAUGCUGAGUGAGAUCAACAUCGCGCCCCGUAUCCUCACCAACUUCACAGGCGUCAUGCCUUCCCAGUUCAAGAAGGACCUGGACUCUUAUCUGAAGACUCGGUCACCAGUCACCUUCUUGUCUGAGCUGCGCAGCAACCUGCAGGUGUCCAACGAGCCAGGAAACCGCUACAACAUCCAGCUGAUCAACGCACUGGUGUUGUAUGUGGGCACACAGGCGAUCGCUCACAUCCACAACAAGGGCAGCACCCCCUCCAUGAGCACCAUCACCCACUCUGCACACAUGGACAUCUUCCAGAACCUGGCAGUGGACCUGGACACUGAGGGACGGUACCUGUUCCUGAACGCGAUCGCCAAUCAGCUGCGUUACCCAAACAGCCACACCCACUAUUUCAGCUGCACCAUGCUCUACCUGUUCGCUGAGGCCAACACCGAGGCCAUCCAGGAGCAGAUCACCAGGGUUCUUUUGGAGAGGCUGAUUGUGAACAGGCCUCACCCAUGGGGGCUCCUCAUCACCUUCAUCGAGCUGAUCAAAAACCCUGCCUUCAAGUUCUGGAGCCAUGACUUUGUGCACUGUGCCCCUGAGAUUGAAAAGCUGUUCCAGUCGGUAGCCCAGUGCUGCAUGGGACAGAAGCAGGCCCAGCAGGUGAUGGAGGGCACCGGUGCCAGCUAGCCUGUGCACCCUCCCGCUCGUAGCCCACGGGAGAGAUGCCGCGGCCUUGACCCACUCCCCCACAACACACCUCUCUUCACUGUCGGCACUGGAUAAACUGGCAACCAGUCAUAUAAAAUGUGGAUGACUACUGCUCACGGAUCUAAAGAGUUGGAUUUUUGUUGAUCCCUUUGGGCUGUGUUGAGAUGGAGAGAAUGAAGUGGGACAUCUUGUUUAAUAUACUUUUUUUUGAAGCUUUGAUGUAAAUAUUGGAAAAAAGGGAGAACGGGAGAGUAGAUGUAUGGAGAGCAAUGCACAUGUCGAAUAAUAUGUAUGCUGACAUGUAAAGACAUCCAAACAUAUUUUCACUCGCUACCAAAGUCCUUGGUUUGCUUCCCUCCCACAUAAAUCCUUUUUCCUGACUUUUUUUUUUGUUGUUGCUUUUUGAGGCUGAAUGGUAGAUUGAAGAAAAGCUGCCUGAUACUUUCAUUUGAUUCCUUUUUUGUCCCAGAGUGGGACAGGAAGAUGAAGUUUAUUCUCCCGGGUGGGGUGGGGAUGUGGGGGUCUUGUGUCGGUGGAGAAAGUCCAUUUGAAACUGGCUCUGGAUGUCUCUCCCUGGCACUUGUAUAUUGUGCAAAAUGAUGGCGACAUCGUAACUUUACGAUUUGUACAAAGAUCCAAAUUGAAGAACAACAAUAGAAGGACCAAUACAGCCCAUUUUGUAACAUUUUGAAUGUUUUGUAAAUGUAUUGGUCCAUGUGUUGUAUUUUGUAGUCCUUUCUAGUUUGCCUUUAGUUCUUGCUACUUAACUGCAGUAUGCAUACAUACAGGAAAUAAAGCAUUCAAACUGCAA